CAGCUCAGCCCUCCAACCCUCUACCAGAUAAAAGGGUGGGAGCUGAGCUGACUCGAUAGCUCUCGCCUCUUGUUCUCCCCGUCAGGGCCUGUCUCUCUGCCUUUCUCUCCUGCCAUGUCCUACCGCUCCCUCCAUCAGGGCUCCCGAUGUGGCAGUCGGAGCUUCAGCUCCUGCUCGGCUGUUCUGCCCCGGAUGGUGACCCACUAUGCAGUGAGCAAGGGGCCACGCCAGCCCGGGAGUGCGGGGGGCCUCCGCAUCCUGGGCUGCCUCGGUUCACGGAGCCUGUGCAAUGUGGGCUUCGGGAGGCCCCGGGUUGCCUCUAGGUGUGGCCUGCCUGGCUUCGGAUACCGAGUGGGGGCCACCUGUGGGGCUUCUGCAUGUAUCACCCCUGUCACCAUCAAUGAGAGCCUACUGGUUCCACUUGAGCUAGAGAUCGACCCGACUGUGCAGAGGGUAAAGAGGGAUGAGAAGGAGCAGAUCAAGUGCCUCAAUAACCGCUUUGCAUCCUUUAUCAAUAAGGUUCGGUUCCUGGAGCAGAAGAAUAAGCUACUGGAGACCAAAUGGAACUUCAUGCAGCAGCAGAGGUGCUGCCUGAGCAACAUAGAGCCCAUCUUCGAGGCAUACAUCUGCACCCUCCGGAGGCAGUUGGACUGCGUAGCUGGGGACCGGGCCAGGCUAGAGUCGGAGCUCUGCAGCCUCCAGGACACGCUGGAGGGAUACAAGAAAAAGUAUGAAGAGGAGUUGUCCCUGAGGCCCUGUGCGGAGAACGAGUUUGUUACCUUGAAGAAGGAUGUGGACACAGCCUUCUUGAUGAAGGCUGACCUGGAGACAAACGUGGAGGCUCUGGUCCAGGAGAUCGACUUCCUGAAAGGCCUGUAUGAGGAGGAGAUCUGCCUGCUCCAGUCUCAGAUCUCAGAGACCUCCAUUAUAGUGAAGAUGGAUAACAGCCGGGCACUGGACGUGGAUGGCAUCAUUGCUGAAAUCAAGGCCCAGUAUGAUGAAAUCGCCAGCCGCAGCAAAGCUGAAGCAGAGGCCUGGUACCAGUGCCGGUAUGAAGAGCUGCGGCUGACUGCCGGGAACCACUGUGACAACCUCCGCAACCGCAAGAACGAGAUCCUGGAAAUGAACAAGUUGAUCCAGCGGCUGCAGCAAGAAAUUGAGAGUGUCAAAGCCCAGCGCUGCAAACUAGAGGCUGCAGUGACCCAGGCGGAGCAGCAGGGUGAGGCAGCCCUCAACGAUGCCAAGUGCAAGCUGGCGGGGCUGGAGGAGGCCCUGCAGAAGGCCAAGCAGGACAUGGCCUGCCUGCUCAAGGAGUACCAGGAAGUGAUGAACUCCAAGCUGGGCCUGGACAUCGAGAUCGCCACCUACAGGCGCCUGCUGGAGGGCGAGGAGCACAGGCUGUGCGAAGGCAUCGGGCCGGUGAAUAUCUCUGUGAGCAGCUCGAAAGGUGCUGUCUUGUACGAGCCAUGUGUGGUCAGCACGCCCAUGCUGAGGACCGAGUAUUGCCCAGGGGGCACCACUGUCCUCAAGAGCAGUGGGGGCUGCAGUGUUGUGGGCACCAGUGAACUCUACGUCCCCUGUGAGCCCCAGGGGCUCCUGGGCUUCCGGAGCGGGCAGAGCUCCAGCAUGAAGCUAGGGGCUGGGGGUGGCUCCUCCUGCCACAAGUGUUAG